UUUUCACUUUCACUUCGACUUCGGCCAGCGCCGGAUGCGAAUGUGCUUUUCUCGGUUCUCGCAAUUUUCCGCGCGGUUCGACGCCUGAUUUAUACCUACAUGUGGAGCGCUUUUCCAACUGUCGAAAUCAGUUUGGGCUCGCAGCGUGGGCGGUUAUUUGUGAACUCACGUUCGAAAGUGAAAGUUAGUUGAAGUGAUUGUUCGUUAUUCUGUGCGAUUUGGAUAUUAAUCUGUUGCAUCGUCCUGCGCUUUGAUUGAUUUUAUUGCUACAUGUCACCGAUGCAAAAUAACCCAAGUCGCGCCAAACGAUGUUGUUGUGUCGUCCUAAGGAUAAUGAUACCCGUGUACCACUUUGAAGGACCUUUGGAAUAUUGAACGUAUUUUUGUAUCUAUGGUUAAGUUUCUGAUUGUGACAAAGUGUCUCCCGAAAGUCCCGCUGGAAGUGGAAUCGAAAAGUAAGGGAACCACUUGACCGGAUCGACCAAGUUUUAUGUGGCAAGCUAUUAUCUGUUUGUGCGAUAGGUGAAGUGGAUUCGUUCCACAGAAACACAAAACAAAGAGAGAUCUAAGAAGGAAUAAACUCUGAAGAGUAGUUUAGUCUGUGUUUGUGGUAAACAAUUUGCUACACAUGUUACGUAUCGGUGGAUACAGUAUCGGGCAAAAGUAUACAGAAUCAUAAUAACGAUUUCGGAUGUUUUGUUUGCUCAUUUAUGCUGGAUUGGUAAAUUGAGUGCAAUCAAUUGCAAACCCUGCUAGUCAUCGUUCAAAUCUCAUCUUGGUUUUCCUCUGGAUGGACAAGCAACAAACCACCUCAUAUCAUUAACAAUGCGCGCACCAAUGGAACGGAAAAUGUGUUAAAUUAUCUCCUCCGUCCCUACUGCCUCGUUACUCACCAUAGUAUAUGGGCAUUCGCAACAAAGCGGAUCCAUAACUAGCUACGCAAUUAUCAGAGGAAAGCAGGAGAGUCCGAGCCGUCCCGCAUCAUUCGUAGAUUUUUUUUUCGGAUGGAAUCCAACUCAAUUAAUUGUUCUACGAGCAUCGGACCGUUCCAAAACAACUGGACUUGCUUCGUCGUGCAGUAUGAAACGGAACCGAUGACGUACUCUUCGGUGCCAUCGGUCACAACGGUCAACCUUAGCCAGUCGCAAUUCGACGAGCACGAAGCGGAAGUGGAGGAUUACGACCAGUUGGAAAUUGAUCCCGCCUAUGAGCUGCGGUACGGGCUGCUCGGAACUAUUCUGCUGAGUGUGGCCUAUGCACUGAUCUUCAUCGUCGGACUGUUGGGAAACAUCUCGGUGGUGAUUGUUGUGAAAAAGAGCACCAUGAUGCGGUCCCCGACCAACCGCUUCAUCGUCAAUCUGGCUUACGCUGAUUUAUUGGUCAAUUUCCUCUGCCUGCCGUUCACGCUCAUCGGUAAUCUCUAUCCGGCUUGGAUUCUGGGGGUGUUUUUCUGCAAAACCGUGUCCUAUCUGCAGGGUGUCUCGGUGUCGGCAUCGGUCAACACCCUGAUGGCAAUCUCGAUCGAACGUUGCGUAGCCAUCUCAUUCCCCAUCUCAGGCACCAUCACAACUAGGCAAUACCGCAUGAUUGUCUUAGUCAUCUGGAUGAUAGCACUCAGUAUCAAUUUGCCAUGGCUGUUCGUAUUCACGCUGAAACCGAUAGGCAUACCGGGAAGUUUGGCGCAAAUUUGCACCGAGCUAUGGCCCUCUCCGGCAUCCGAAAGUUGGUACUUUUUGUUUGCCAAUUUAUUUUUAUGUUAUCUGGGCCCCCUGAUAGUAAUUUCAAUUUGCUACGUAAUUAUCUGGAAAAAUGUCGCCUAUCGGAAGCUGCCGCGUGACUUGAUCAUCAGCAGGAAAGACGAAAUUUACAAUCGAAGUAAGGUUAAGGUCAUUAAAAUGGUUUUCGUCGUAAUAAUAACUUUCGCUAUUUCGUGGCUUCCAUUGUACACUAUAUUCUGCUUCGUCAAAUUUGCUGGCGAUCUGAUAUACGAAGAAUCAGUACAAGCGGUCAUCUUUGGAAUCCUGCCGGUAGCACAGUGGCUCGGAGCGGCCAAUUCAUGCAUCAAUCCCAUCCUGUAUGUCUUCAUGAAUAGGAAAUUCAGGGCCGGUUUCCGGCAUCUGUUCCGAACGUGCUGCAGCAACGAAGACGAUGACUGGGAUCAACCGACAACGGUGCUGCGAAGUGAUGAAGCCCGCGAUCAGGUGCUCCGACGAAUACGAACCGAAAGGCAUUUUGUCCGAAAUGGAACCAGAAAUGGGAUCGGCCAGCCGCGCUGUGGCUCUUUGCGUUACUGUCGUUCAGCGAGGGUGCCGAAUCGAUCUAACAUAGUUGAUUGAGCCAAAAGGUCUAUUGGUUUUUAGUUGCUCUUUUGUUAUUUUGCUAUUUUAUUUAAACUUCCAGGAAAGAACAUUUUAAAGUUGUUAUUCCGAAGACAUUCGAAUUAGCGAAAGUAAAUAAUAAGGUAUCAUAAUAUAUCUAGUACAAAUUGAAAACGUAAAUCUAAAUGGUAAGAUAGUCAGUUAGAGCUUUAAUGGGCGAUCCAAAUUAUUCACUUACUGCUCAUUUCCAUUAUAAAUGAAAAUAGGCAGUAAAAAAUUCAAAAGCAUUGAAUUUAAAAAAAUAAUAUUUAGGCGAAAGAAAAUUAUCGCUCGACUAAAAAGAAUUUAUUUUCGUACGUAUUUUGUGAUAUUAAACUGAAAGUGCACAAUAUUUAUCAAUGUUAUAGAUUAUUAUCUAA